AUGCCUUCAGCGUACCCCAAAUCAAUCCUACCCCCUUCCCUCGUUGCCGUAACAGGGGCCAAUGGCUUCAUAGCCCAGCACUGCAUCGCGCUACUCUUGUCAAAAGGAUACAGAGUUGUAGGGACUGUUCGAUCGGCUACAAAAGCUGAACAGGUCUUUGAUCUUCACCACAAGAAUCCCAACCUUUCUGUCAGAGUGGUCGAAGACAUUACUUCAACCGCAUCAUACCUCUCUGCCUUUGGCCCAACUGGGCCUGACGCCAUCCUGCACCUUGCCGCACCAUUCAACUACGAUGCUACUGAUUUGGAAGACGAACUCAUGAUUCCUGCUGUCAAAGGAUCAACAGCUAUUCUUACUGCAGCCAGACAGCUGGGGAGCGUUAAACGCAUUGUGCACACCAAUUCAUUUGCUGGAAUCUACGACGCCUCAAAAGGACUUCAGCCGGGAAAGAUAUACACUGCCAAGGACUGGUCGCCUUUGACUUACGAGGAUGGUGUGACCGCCCCUAAUGCGGCAGUGGCAUACAGGGCCAGUAAAACUGUGGCAGAACAAGUGGCAUGGAAGUGGAUGAACGAUAACCCAUCAGCACAGUUCGACCUCGUGAGCCUCAAUCCAGCAAUGGUAUUCGGCCCAUGGCUGGAAGGAGCAAUCCCCGGCUCUCCAAAGCAACUCAACACGUCCAACAAGAUCGUCUAUGGUAUCAUUUCAGCCGGAGAAGAAGGUCCCAUCCCGCCCACUCGAGGGCCAGUUUGGGUGAGUGUGGAAGAUGUUGCACUCGCGCAUCUCAGGGCAAUUCAAGUUCCUGAGGCCGGUGGGGAAAGAUAUCUCCUAGCCGCCGGGGUAUACUGCAAUCAGGAAAUCGCCGAUAUCGCACGAAAGAUAGCGGGCAAGUAUAAGAAUAAGAUUCCUCGCGGCAGUCCUGGCUUGAGAGAAGCUACGACUCACUUCGGGGUUGAUGCCAGUGAAACACAGAAAGGACUAGGGAUUGAGUGGCAAAGUCUUGAAGUAAUGAUGUCUGGAUUACUGUCACAGCUACUUGAAAUUAAAUAA